UACAACAAUUGGCUGCGGGGAAAUGAGUUGUCUGCAGUAGUUCGGGUUAAUAAAUAUAGCUGCCCGCUCCACUGAGGUUCGACCAGUGGGUUUAAACUGGAGUAAGGUAGUACCGUAUGUGCACGAAAACAGGAAAACUCUGUCAAAACGUGUUUUUUUUUAUUAUUAUAAUUUUUAACUGCCCUGACUUCUGUAAGCGGGUAUCUGCUAGCUCGUUAGCUAACUUUGUGUGGUGUCUAAAAUGAACGGUCAUCUAAACGGUUUCCAUAACAACUCGCCCUAUGAUGAAGAUUGCUUUCUUUUUACCUCUGAGUCAGUCGGAGAAGGACAUCCCGAUAAGAUUUGUGACCAAAUCAGUGAUGCUGUGUUGGACGCACACCUGAGACAAGACCCUGAUGCCAAAGUAGCAUGUGAGACUGUAGCUAAGACGGGGAUGAUCCUGCUUGCGGGUGAGAUCACAUCGAGAGCCAGUGUUGACUAUCAGAAGAUUGUUCGGGAUGCAAUCAAGGAUAUUGGCUAUGAUGACUCCUCCAAAGGCUUUGACUAUAAGACCUGCAAUGUGCUGGUGGCCCUGGAGCAGCAGUCUCCUGACAUUGCUCAAGGUGUUUACCUGGACCGCAAAGAAGAGGAUGUGGGAGCCGGGGAUCAGGGCCUGAUGUUUGGAUAUGCUACAGAUGAGACUGAUGAAUGUAUGCCCCUUACUAUUAUCUUGGCCCACAAGCUUAAUGCCAAGUUGGCUGAAUUGCGUCGAGAUGGAACACUGCCAUGGCUCCGACCUGAUUCCAAAACUCAGGUGACUGUUCAGUACAGGCAGGAUAGAGGAGCUGUGGUUCCGUUGCGUGUCCACACAAUUGUGAUCUCUGUUCAGCAUGAUGAGGGUGUAAGUGUGGACGAGAUGCGUCACUGUCUGAAGGAACAGGUGGUGAAAGCUGUGGUUCCCCCUGGCUACCUGGACGAUGACACCAUCUGUCACCUGCAGCCCAGUGGCCGUUUUGUCAUUGGAGGCCCACAGAGUGACGCUGGCUUGACUGGGCGCAAAAUCAUCGUUGAUACUUACGGAGGUUGGGGAGCCCAUGGAGGUGGAGCUUUUUCUGGAAAGGACUACACAAAGGUAGACCGCUCUGCAGCCUACGCUGCCCGUUGGGUGGCCAAAUCUCUUGUUAAAGCUGGGCUCUGCAGGCGUGUCUUGGUCCAGGUAUCCUAUGCCAUUGGAGUAUCCCAUCCCCUCUCUGUGUCCAUCUUCCACUAUGGGACCUCCCAGAAGAGUGAAAGAGAACUGUUGGACAUUGUGAGGAAGAACUUUGACCUCCGUCCGGGAGUCAUUGUGAGGGAUCUUGACCUGAAGAAGCCCAUCUACCAGCGCACAGCAGCAUAUGGUCACUUUGGUCGUGACGUCUUCCCAUGGGAGGUUCCCAAGAAGCUGAAAUACUGAAUCUCUGUUCUUUUCGUAGCAUAUACUAGAUGUCCUGCAGAUUUACCCGUUUUCCACCUUCCCUCUCUCUCUUCUCUCCUCUACCUCCAUUAUCCUCUUCACAUGCAGCCAAAUCCCAGCAGCUUCUGCUGUGUUACCACUUGUCCACCUGUAAAGAUCCUCUGAAAGAAGACCACAGUUAUUUCAUUUGCUGUGAUCUGCAGGUUUAAGGAGUGCCACCAGUCAUUAUUAUUCUCUUUUUUUUUUGUUUUGUUUUCUGGUGGCUUCUUUCAGCACAUCCUAAAAGUAUUAUUGAAAAUCAUUAUAGAAACUAUACUUAUGUGAGAUUUCCAGAACCCUUUGCAAGUUAAAUAGUCAUAAAGCAAACUCACUGCGGCAUAGUUGUACAACUGAUCAGAGGUCGGCUUCCUCUUUAGCAGUGUCCUUUUAAGUAUUGCACAAACAUCAAACUCCGUUCUUUGUUCUUUUUUAUUUUUGAUGGUAAAAAAAAAAGUAGAUUUAAACAGCUUUUGUUUUUCUUUUUGUAUUUGUGUAAUCCCUUCAGGCCAUUUCUUUCUUUCUGAUGUUUUACAGAGAAGUCAGAAGCUGCUAAUGACCUUGUGGUUCUGUUGGGAUGCACCAUGAAAUCACUUUUUUUUUUAUUUAAUAAUUUAUUUUUAGGUUUAAUUGUCAUUUGAAUGUUUUCAAAUAAUGUUAAAUGCUGCAGUGUUCUGACCAAGAUAAAGGAGCAGCACUUGCCUUCCCAGAGAGUGACUCUGGGUGUAGUUACAGAGAAACCCAAGUUGCCACUUCUGGAUAGGAGCUGCUAUUUUUUCCACUCAGCAACUCGGUGUAGAUGUUUGUUUGCUUGACUAUUGAGGGACCUAAUGGUUUGAUCAGCAGAGAGGAACAUUGUUAUAUGUAAAUUCUGUUUGUCUAAGAUGUGAAAUUUUAAGUGGACACACAUGAAGGAACAGUGGUGAUACAAAGAUAAAGUAGCACAGUUGGCACAGUGAAUGUAAGAGAAGGUUGUAGUAGUGCUCGCGUUUGCUGAGUAGUUUUCAAAGUUACUAAAAGAUCUGGCACAAGACCCCCCCACCCGCCCCUCGUAUUAAGUACAUGAAAAUGCCUCGGGGUUUGCCAAGACGAGUUAAAUAUUUGGAAAGGUUUACACCUGAGACUCUGGGUAGACCUAAAGACAAUAUCGGAAUUAUCCUUUCCAGUUGUUUUUUCUUUUGCUUGUUUUUUUUCUCCUAAACUUCAAUCAAAUCCGGGUAUAUGUCCCUCUAAAAUCAGCAGUUAGUCAGAGCUAUGUGCUGUAAGUGACUUUAAUGUGUGUAUGCGUCAUAUAUCUACAUGGCUUUGUGUCCCCUGAGACAUUACUAAGAUGAAAAAAAUUUUCUUUUUCUUUUCUUACUUUUUUUUUUUUUUUAGCUUGGCUUCUCCAGCUCCACCUUGUGGUUCUUUGAGUGUCCUACAGUAACACCUCAGGGAAGAGCCACAUGGUGCCUUAUAACCAGUCUGUGUAGCUGUCUGGUGAUAUUGCUCACUUUAGGGUAGAUUUUUUUUUUUUUUUUUUUUUUUUUUUUUUUUUUUUUUUAAGCAGUUUCAUUUGCAUCCUAAAGCUCACCCACAGUUCAGUCAAAAGAUUGGUUGGUGUUGUACAGAGAAACCAGCCUGUUUACAUGAUCUGCUGUGGGGAACUAAAGAGGCGUUUUUUAUUUAUUUCUUCAGUUUAACACCACCCCACCGUCACCAGGUUGUUUGUGUAAUGUUGUUGAAAGUUAGUUUGUCAGUGUGUUUAUUAAAUGUGUAAAAGUGCCUCUUCUCACUGUCUGCUAAUACCCCAAAAUACACAACAUCCCACAUUAUGACCCUACUCUCCCACUUCUACCUUGAGGUUGUGAAAUGUCCCUUCUUGGGAAUUUAUUCUGAUGAGUCUGAAUUGUUGUAGUUUCUCUUUCAAACUUAAUAAACUGCACUCUCGCUUUGUGCUUA